AUGAGCUCUCCGUUCGACAUCAAUGGCGGUGCCUGCGUUGCAAUGGUCGGCAAGGACUGCGUGGCCAUAGCUUGCGACUUGCGACUGGGCAUGCAAGCGUUGACGGUGUCCAACAACUUUCCCAAGAUCUUCAACUAUGCCCCUAGUGUCUUCCUCGGGUUGACGGGUCUGGCGACCGACGUACAGACAGUCAGCGACACCUUCCGAUAUAAGGUCAACAUGUAUCGACUCCGCGAAGAACGCAACAUUUCCCCUCAGACACUGGCCAACCUCGUCAGCAGUUCGCUGUACGAGAGGCGGUUUGGGCCGUGGUUUGUGAGCCCGGUGCUGGCAGGGAUAAAUCACACGACGGGCAAACCGUUCAUCUGCGGGUUCGACAGUAUAGGCUGUAUUGAUUUUGCGAAAGAUUUCAUCGUGGCGGGCACUGCGAGUGACCAACUGUUCGGGACGUGUGAAGGGCUCUGGGAGCCGGAUCUGGAACCCGAGGACCUCUUCGAAACAAUUUCCCAAGCCCUGCUUAACGCUGUGGACAGAGAUGCUCUGUCAGGCUGGGGUGCUCACGUCUACAUCAUCGAGAAGGACAAGGUGACCAAGAGGCUCCUCAAGGGACGGCAAGACUAG